GGGACGGAGCCAUGUGGCAGUCAACUCUUCUACCCUUCCGACAACGAAACCCGAUCAAUCGACGUUUCGUACAGACUAAUUUACACGAAGCUCCAUACCAAUUACCGCAAAAGAACUACCCCCAGCUCCCGCAGAUCGGAAAUUCCGGACUACUUCGUCAAAAUCAGUUCAAUUCUUGUCGAGGGAUCACCGAUUCGGUUCAAUUCCACGUUGCUGGAGUUUCCCUGGAGCGAAUCGGGGGGACGAGGGUGAGCACGACGGGUCCGUACAUAGUACUGGAGAGCUCGAUCUACAGAUCUCUAGUGAGGGCUUUCGAAAUCGAGGUGAUGAAGACGCCGAGGGUGAAGAAGGCGGCGGCGGCGGCGCCGUUCAGGAACUCCUACGAGAAGGGCGAAUUGCCGAUGUCGCUGAGCGGGCUCUCGGUGCCGGAGAUCGCCCUGGUUUCGAGAACGCGGAUGUGAAGUGGGAUAUCUACGGGGAUGAAUUCGGCGGUGAGGUGAGCGAAGAGGUGAUUUGUCUGGCGUUUGUUGAUGGCGGGCCGGUGACGGCGAAGGGGGCCAUUGUAGCGGCGGUGAUCGGAGCGUAUCAGACGCAAGGGUUUCUGCCUUUCUGGUUCAGUUCGAUUUGAGGUCCAUAAAGAUGGGUUUUACUAAUACGCUUUUGGCUGAGAGCGUCGAGUGUUCCAACUUCCAUUUCUAGUGACUAAUGAUUAUGAUUACAGUGGACAUGAACAAAAUCCAGAUCCAAAU